UUAUGAAGUAAAAUUAGACUGUUUAACUGUGCAAACAACCAAAACCUUAAAACUAGAAAAUGCGGUCUUCAUAUUUGCGCAAGGCUACAGUCAUGCAUGUGAAUUCAGUGCCAGAAAUCCAAAGGCAAGAAGCAUUUUCUUGCAUAACUCGAAUCUAGACAUGCAGAUAGUUAAACCAAAGAUGGACAAGCUUCUAGUAUUAAUAUAAUGUUUUGUCAUUUAUAUAUUAAGACUGCAGGCUCAACUGAAAUUUUCACAGCAAUUCAUCUGCAAGAUCAUAGACAUUUACCAAGCAUUGUUAAAAUUGUUCAGCCAUGCUAAAAUUUUCAGGUAUAUUUCGAGAACAUAGAAAUGGGAAGUGCACGGGAAAGAAGUGUUGCCUACAACUUUUAGAGUUGAAUUGCCAUUAGUUUGUUCACUAUUUAUUUUUUCUCUUUUUCUGUAGUGCCGACUGCUAAGACAAGUAAUAUGUCAUUCUUGCUACUGGUAGUUGUUGCAGUCAUGUUGCGCCUAGCAUCUAUAUCAGCGCAACCUGACCCCGGAUGCAAAACACAAUGUGGUGAUGUCGACAUCCCUUAUCCCUUUGGCAUCGGUACUGGCUGUGCUAUUGAAGGCUUCGAGAUCAUUUGCGAGAGGACUGCCGAUGGAAUUGACAAGCCGUUCAUGCUCAUUCAGGAGGCAGAGGUUCUAAGCAUCUCGGUGCCCCGUGGCCAAAUCCGAGUUCUCACGACCAUCUCGACGUACUGCUACGACAAAAGUACAAGAUCGAUGAAACACAAUGCUUGGUCCCUUGACUUCUCGCGGGGUCCGUACCGCUUCUCCUAUGUACACAACAAGCUCAUAGUCAUUGGCUGCAACACACUCGCCUACAUCAACAACCUCAGAGGCACUACAAGGUACACAACAGCGUGCGCAGCUGUGUGUGAGAGCCCGGCGACCCUGACAAACGGCUCUUGUGUUGGUGCAGGCUGCUGCCAAAACGAUAUACCAGAGGGUCUAAGUGGCUAUAGCCUCAGUUUCUAUGAUGUUUACGGUGAUUCCAAUAGUACGCUUUUCAGCCCAUGUAGUUACGCCGCCAUGGUGGAGACAGAGACAUUUAGUUUCAGCUCCGAGUACAUAACUACUACAAGGUUCAAUGAUACCGACGAUGGGCGGAAGCCGCUGGUGCUGGACUGGGUGAAUGGAAAUGCGACAUGUGAAGUGGCCAGAGCCAUGCCUUCUUACAUGUGCCAUAGCAGGAACAGCAUGUGUGUGAACUCGACCAACGGCCCAGGGUAUCUAUGCAACUGCAUCGAUGGAUAUGAAGGGAACCCUUACCUCUUUGACGGAUGCAGAGGCAAGUUCAGUUCAUAUCUUUAUGUCAAUGAAUGUGAUAAGAAUUCAAGUAUAUGCCCGAAGUAUGCAACAUGCCACAACACUAUAGGAGGUUAUCAUUGUUCAUGUUCUCCAGGCAGAAAGUUCGUAAUGGAAACAAAAUCUUGCAACCCAGACAUCACCCUUAUCAUAGGCAUUAGCAUUGGCGCUGUCGUUCUGAUGAUUAUCAUCUUCUGCAUACGUCUAAUAUUUGAGAGAAGAAAGCUUGCAAACGUCAAAAAACUGUAUUUUCAGCAGCACGGAGGGAUGCUAUUGUUUGAGAAGAUGAAAUCAGAUCAGGGACUUUCAUUUACAGUGUUUACUGAAGCAGAACUGGAACAAGCAACAAAUAAGUUUGACAAAAGCCAGAUUCUUGGACAUGGAGGCCAUGGCACUGUGUACAAGGGAAUAAUUAAGGAUAUCACUCCAGUGGCAAUUAAAAGGUGUGCAUUGGUUGAUGAUAGGCAGAAGAAGGAAUUCGGCAAUGAAAUGCUGAUUCUUUCCCAGAUCAAUCACAAGAACAUUGUCAAGCUAUUGGGUUGUUGCCUUGAGGUGGAAGUCCCCAUGCUAGUAUAUGAGUUCAUCCCAAAAGGAACAUUGUUUGAUCUUAUUCACGGCAACAACCGUAAACUGCAUCUCCCUUUCGGUUCUCUUCUAAGGAUCGUCAAUGAGGCAGCUGAGGGGCUUGCAUUUUUGCAUUCCUAUGCAAACCCACCAAUUUUACAUGGUGAUGUGAAAACCUCUAACAUCCUUCUUGAUGAGAAUUACAUGGCAAAGGUAUCAGAUUUUGGGGCAUCUAUAAUAGCACCAGCUGACAAAGCCCAAUUCGUCACAAUGGUUCAAGGGACAUGUGGUUAUCUGGACCCCGAAUACAUGCAGACGUGUUGCUUGACAGACAAAAGCGAUGUUUAUAGCUUUGGUGUUGUUCUUCUGGAGAUCCUAACUGGGCAGGUGCCACUGAAACUUGAAGGUCCUCAGGUACGCCGGAGCCUGUCGUCAAGUUUCCUGCUGGCUAUGAAGGGGAACAAUCUUGAUAAUAUGCUUGACAAUCAAAUAAAAGGUCAUGAGAACAUGGAGUUGAUUGUAGGGGUAGCAGAGCUAGCUAAGCAAUGCUUGGAAAUGUGCGGUGACAAUAGGCCCUCGAUGAAAGAGGUAUCUGAGGAGCUUAGCAGAUUAAGGAAGCUUUCGAGACAUCCUUGGAUACAGCAUGAUACCGAGACAGAUAGUUUUCUCGGUGUAAUUGAAAUAGAACAAAGCUCUGAGUACACAGAGAAGGAUGAAACAAUGCCCAUAAAUCCAAGCAGUUCUUACUUUAUGAGGUGAACCAAAACAGUGCCAAUUUUAUUCUUUAGCACUUCCAUUCGUGAUGUAACCUUCUCCUCCUUUAGUUAUAUAUGUGGCAUCUUAUUAUAAGACUCUAUUGGACCCUUGGGUAUUACAUAGACACAGCAUAAUUUAGCAAGAGUAUAUGCAUCAUGGUACAAAAUGGGGACACAUCCAGUUGUUAGCCAUCUAUCCAUUUGAACUGUGCGAGCUUUCAUAGAAGUUUCCAAAAUCACCGAGAGGAGAUUAGUGGACGACAGGGCAUGAAAAUGCGAUCAAGUUUGGUAUUGAAACUGUGCUAUAUUACGUCAAGUGAUUUCUUUUUCUUUUUUUGAGGGAAGUCAAGUGAUUUACUUGGUCGGGUGGACUGGGCUGCUCACUUUGGAUGUUUUAAUGCAAGGAAAUGCCAUCUUGACGCGCGUGUUAGACUUAUGUUACGGGUGGUCCACUUCGUUUGUUCUAUUUUUAAAAAUCCACAUGUAGAUCCCAGACAGGUCGCUGCACUUGCUAGAUUCUUUUAUUUUUGCGCGCAGGGAGGCUUUCAAGCUAGUUUGUCAUGUUGUGCAUGAUGUAUCUAUAUCGUGUGCAUUCCUUUUCCUUUUUCGGGAGAAAAAAAGGGACACAAGAUAUGGGCAAUAAUGUGCGUUCCUGACAAUAAUGCUAGGCCAAUUCGUGACUAUUCGUAAUGGAUAGUAACUAUAACCUAUUACAUAGACACAGCAUAUAUACUCUUUUCCUGAGAACGUCAUUAAAGCAAGGCUAGCUGGAGGUAAAUCCUGGAACACCAAGUACAAGAUAAAGGAGCUGCACAAAUACUGAGAAAUAAUACAUGGCGCACAAACAUGUGUGUGUUGAAGGUUCUGUACAUACUUUCUCUGACUGGCAAGUAUUGAAGGAGAUAUAUAAAGGGCACAUUUGAGUCACACUAAAUUGUUCCAAAUCACAGACAGAUAACAGUUAUGGCAUAGCUUGCUAUGUUAUUGGAACAAGAAAUACAGUGACAUACCUAAUUGAGUGUCAUAGAAUUCUUGGCGUGAAUGUAGGUAAGUGAAAGCGUGUAAUACAUGUACACUAUCUGACCAUGAUUUUUAUUCUGGCUAGGGUGUAUGUGCGGGUUGCGGAAACAGUUAC